AUGCUCUUCAAGUGGAUAGCUGUCUUUGCUAUAUCUGCUACGUUGGCUGAGACAAUCGAGCUAGCGUUCCCUCAGAAUGGGGACAACUUCUGCCCCAGUCAGGAAGUGACCGCUCAGGUUAUUCAACCGCAAUCCAUGGCAUCUACCGUUCAGGUUGGCAUUGCCUUAGGAAUCGCUAACUGCGAGAACGGUUCAUGCCCCGACCCUGCAGACGGCUUAGGAUCUUAUCUUUAUGCAGGCCCUUGGACAUCUGAGGCCAUGGGCCUCCUUAUGGGUCCUGCUAUCUUUACGCUCACGCACUUUUGCCUCAUUGGGGCGGAUUGGUACCCGUUCCUCGAAUUUCGCAACGCGACGGUGAACAUCAAAUAA